UGGCGACGCGCACGACACGACACGACACACUGAGCUCGUGUUGACAAACAAGUAAAAUUUGAUCAAUUGUCAAGUAUGUAAUAUAUAGCUGCUUUGUAACGUGUUGUAUUUAACCAUGCUACUGUCCGUAUCCACUUUGUGGUGCCGAAAUUGGGCAACAAUGUCAGUCAUGGUUGCCAAGUUGUCCCGUCUACCAGUGGUCAACAAGCGUGCUGCUACCCGGUAUGAAGCUCCACCACCACCUCCGGUGAAGCUCUUCCUCACACCCAGCAGACGGUUCUCCCGGUCUGCCUCCACAUGGCAGCAGGACGCGGAGAUAGCCUCGUCCUCGGAGGAGAACUUCGGCGCUCUGUCCACCGACAUGUCUAUCCGGAGGUCUUUUCGGAAAGUUAGCCCGGAGAUGUUGGACCUGAGCUACCCAGAAGACGACGACGACAAGAAGUCGGAGCAAUCUUCACGCAGGCCCGGGAGGAGAAAUACCACCUACUGGUACUUCUUACAGUGCAAGAAGCUGAUUAAAGCUGGGAAGCUGCAGGAGGCAUUGGAGAUGUUUGAGAGAGACAUGCUGCACGGUGAGAAGCUGCAGCCGGAAGAGUACAACUACAGCGUGCUCAUCGGAGGCUGCGGGCGAGCCGGCCAGCUUAAGAAGGCCUUCAAGCUCUACAACGAUCUGAAAAAGCGAGGUCUGGAGGCGUCGGACGCAACCUACACGUCUCUGUUCAACGCCUGCGCGGAGUCUCCGCACAGACGUGUGGCUCUGGAGCAGGCGCUCAAGCUGGAACAGGAACUGAGACGCAAGAACCUCACCCUCAGCGUGGCCACUUACCACGCCGUCCUCAAGACGCACUCACUCAACAACAACCUACACGCCUGCAUACACACGCUCAGGGAAAUGCUGGAUGUCGGUCACGCCGUCACUCAGGAGACAUUUCACUACUUGCUGAUGGGAUCUCUGAAGGACAAAGAGCUUGGCUUUAGGCUGGCUUUGCAGGUGUGGCAGCAGAUGCUCAAGUCUGGCCUCGUUCCGGACUCCAAGAAUUACAACCUGCUAUUGAGGACCGUAAGGGAUUGUGGAAUUGGCGAUCCUGCAUUGGCCUCCAGCAUCCUACUCCAGUCAAGCGAGACACACGUCAAGUCAAGCAAAGGAGUUGAUAUUGACCUUCUGGAGCGGCAGCUGCUUGUCCAACCUGACAGCCAAGGUGGUGGUGGUGAGACACAAAACCCCUUGGUGCUGCUCAGACCGGCAGAAACUGCACUCCUGCCUGUUGGCUUCACCCCUAACCUGCUGGACCUCCUGGAGGGAAAGGGCGGCGGUGGCGUGAUCUCCUUCGGGGCUGUGGAAGGAGCGUCCGACAGACUGGCGCUGCUGGGCGGAGCCCACGGUUUCCUGGAGAAGAUGGCGGCGGGUGGGCUGGAGCCAGACCUGCGGACUCUGACGCUGCUGGCGGACACCAUGGCGCCCGGUCUUCAGUCUCUGGAGACGCUGUUAAAGGUGGCCAAGCGGCACUGCGUCAAGCUGGACACCACCUUUUUCAACUCGUCCAUUCGCAGGGCUGCCAGAAGUGGAGACCUGGAUGGAGCUAAGGCCGUGUUGAGUAUUAUGCAAAAGCGCAACGUGAGCGUGGAUGUGCAGACGUUUGGGAGUCUGGCACUGGGGUGCCAGGGACAGAAGGAUGGACUUCAACUCCUCCAAGACAUGGAGGAGGCGGGGUUACAGCCCAACGCGCACGUGUUCUCUGCCCUAAUUGGCCGAGCGACUCGCCGUCUGGAUUACCCUUACCUGAAAACGCUGCUGAAAAGCAUGCGUGAUAGGAGAGUGUGGCCGAACCAGGUAGUCAUCAAACAGCUGGAGUUUGCAGCGCAGUAUCCUCCCAAUUAUGACCAGUACAAGUCCCGCAACAACUACCUACUCCAGAUUGACGGCUUCCGUGGUUACUACCAGCAGUGGCUACAAGCCAUGCCGGCCCAGGACGACCAGGACGGACAGUCGGACUCGAGUGCGGCGUUUGUCAAAACUCAAGCUGAGAGGAUCGAGGGCCGGAAGAAGCAAAGAGCAGCGGCGAAGAUCAAGAUUAGCAGCACGAAAGCAACCAUGACACCUUAGUCAUGGCCUUUUUAUUGUUAGUAAUUCAUCAAUUCAUUUUCCGUACUGCUUAUUCUCACUAGGGUCGUGGGCAUGUGAGUGCAAAUGGUUGUUUGUUUAUGUGUGCCCUACGAUUGGCUGGCAACCAGUUCAGGGUGUACCCCGCCUCCUGCCCGAUGAUAGCUGGGUUAGGCUCCAGCACGCCCGCGACCCUAGUGAGG